AUGGCUCGCACGCUCCUCAUUUGCAUGGUGAUCGUCCUCCUCGUCGCACCAUCCGUUUUCGCCCGCAAACAUCCCGACGGCGCUGGUCACCAUAACCGCAACGGCACGCGCACUGGAGGACACCACAAGGGCGGCGGGCACCACAAGAGCGGUGGGGCCAGCUCGUCGGGUCUAACCAGCAGCAAGGGCGUCACGGCGGGCAAGACCUGCAAAAAGUCAUCGCUGGGAUACAAGGCGGCCGUCGAUCUCACCGGAAAAGGGCUGCUUUUCCACUGGACGGUCUCUGGCUCGACCCUCAGCGCCGCGAUUGAAGCCAAGUCCACCAGCGGCGCCAACAAGGGCUACGUCUCCGUCGGCUUCUCGUCGAACGGGAAAAUGUACCCCGCGGACGCGGUCGUGGGCAUUAACGGGGGCUCCACUACAGCGUACAAGCUGACCUCGUACAGUUCGUACGCGCCCAGCAAGACUUUAUCGUAG